GUAGUGGGAAUAUAAAAAAGAAAGUAGUUCCGUUGAUGAAUAAACCGUCCCUUUCAGAUCAAAAAGAGACAAUGGAAGAGUUGCCAGACCAUUUAGUUUGGGACAUCUUCAAGAACCUUCACAAAACCAAUGACAGAAACUCUCUUUCACUCUCUUGCAAGCGUUUCUACUCUCUAGACAACGAGCAAAGACAGUCUCUCCGGAUUGGCUGCGGUUUAGUUCCUGCACCCGAUGCCUUACUUUCUCUCUGCAAGAGGUUUCCAAAUCUCUCCAAAGUAGAGAUCGUUUACUCUGGUUGGAUGUCAAAACUUGGCAAACAACUUGACGAUCAAGGCCUUCUUCUCCUCUCCACCAACUGCCAUUCGCUCUCUGAUCUCACUCUUAGCUACUGCACUUUCAUCACCGACGUUGGCAUUCGUCAUUUGUCUUCCUGUACAAAGCUUUCUUCCUUGAAAUUGAACUUCGCUCCAAGAAUCACUGGUUGUGGCGUGUUGUCGGUAGCUGUAGGGUGCAAGAAACUCAAGAUAUUGCAUCUCAUUCGAUGCUUAAACGUGGCGAGCGUUGAGUGGUUGGAGUAUUUCGGAAAGCUUGAGGUUCUUGAAGAGCUCUGUAUCAAGAGCUGCAGAGGGGUUGGGGAAGGUGAUUUAGUGAAGCUGGGAACUAGCUGGAGAAAGCUUCGAGUUCUGAAGUUUGAGGUAGACGCAAACUACAGGAACAUGAAGGAUUAUGAUCAGUUAGCUGCGGAGCGAUGGCGGAAACAGUUGGUUCUCUGUGAUAAUCUUGUGGAGCUCAGCCUUGUGAACUGCGUCAUAGCUCCAGGGAGAGGGCUCGCUUGUGUGCUGAGAAAGUGCAAGAGCCUGGAGAAACUUCAUUUGGACAUGUGUAUUGGUGUCAGCGACUCGGACAUCAUAGCAUUGGUCCAGGAAGCUAAACAACUCAGAAGCAUCUCGCUACGUGUUCCUUCUGAUUUCACUCUGCCUCUCUUAAACAACGCGACCAUGAGAUUAACCGAUGAAAGUCUCAGUGCCAUAGCUCAACACUGCUCAAAGCUCGAAUCAUUCAAGGUUUCGUUCUCAGACGGUGAGUUUCCUUCCCUCUUAUCUUUCACCCUCCAGGGGAUAAUCACUCUGAUCAAGAAAUGCCCCAUUAGAGAGCUUUCUCUUGACCAUGUGUGCUCUUUCAACGACGUGGGCAUGGAGGCUCUGUGUUCAGCUCUGAAUCUAGAGAUCUUGGAGCUUGUACACUGUCAGGAAGUGAGCGACGAGGGGUUGGUUUUGGUGAGCCAGUUUCCUUCCCUCACUGUGUUGAAACUAUCCAAGUGUUUGGGAGUCACAGACGAUGGACUGAUACCACUUGCGAAGACUCACAGGCUGGAGUUGCUUGUGGUUGAAGAUUGUCCUCAGGUUUCAAGAAAAGGUGUUAAUGGUGCUGCAACAUCUGUAUCUUUUAGGCAAGACUUGUCAUGGAUGUAUUGAGAUUACAUCAUUCGCUUGAAAAAUAUCAUACAUGUAUAUUACUGUUGUUGUGAACUGUGAAAUCCCCCCCCCCCCCCCCCCCCCCCCCCGGGAUAGUUCUACUAAGAGUUUGGGCCAAGGUACAACUAGGCAUCGACAUUAAGCUAUCCGAUUCGGAUCUCGUGCUGUUUGGGUAUUUUAAAAUUUUAGAUCGCUUUACUAAUCUAUAUAUCGCAUCUAUUUAGAUAUUUGUUUGGAUCCGAUAUAAUCUGAGCUGUUCCCGUAUCC